CAAGGACAUCCUGUACGAGCCGAUGAAGGAGCUGAAUGAUAAGUUCCCUGACUGGAUGGACAAGAACCGGGACAAGAUUUCCGAGGCGGACCGCAAGAGGUAUGAAGAGCAGGAGGGGCUUGUGAAGGAAAUCGUGGCAAAAUUCGAGGAGGGGACGUAUGCAGACUCCAAUCCUGCGGACAGAGAGUACAUCGUGGAAAGGAUGCAGAAGAUGCAAGCUGCCGGAUCACCACCGCCAGAUCUAGUAGGAGACAUGCCAUCUGCGCAGGACGCCCUGGGUGCUCCAGAUAUGGAUUCUUGCCCCCCUCAAUGAGCUCAACACUAGAACAAACAUGUUGGAAGAUACAGAGA